UAUCACGAUUCGCAUUACAAAUUGAAAGAUUUGGUGCUUAUAUUUUGACUUAUCACUAGAAAAUAUCCAUCUGUAUUUCUGCAUUUAGUCACUGCUUUGAUUUCUGUAUUUCAACACAGAUUUCCUUUAAGUGCAGGCAAGUUAGAUGAAUUCAUAUUUAUAAUACAUUUUACAAAAUGUGUGAAAUGAGAUAAGAUGAAAAUGUAUUGAUCAACGGGCAAAAUACCUGUCAAAAAGACGUAAACAAAAGAAAAGGCAAUAAAUAGAAUAAAAUGAAAUAAAAACAGAGUAUAAGAAAUACAUAAUAUACACAGUAUGUACAUAAUAUAUACAAACAAAGUGCAGUGGCACAUGAUGAUUACAAACCACAUAUGAUAAUGUUUAAAAUUCAAGAAAAGAAUAACAACUGACUUACUUUUUUAAGGAUGUGCACAGAAAUGUGUUGAAAAUAUGAAUGCAUGUAUCGAUUUGUCAAAUGACAGGUCAUCUGUUAAUACGUACACAGCAGCACAUGGCAUGCAGGUGACAGUGAGUUUGUCAUGUUAACAGAAAACACUGCAAGGUAAAUAGAUUGAGCUAAAGCCUCCCCUACCACCUCCUGGACACAAGCCAGUCACUAGGCCUAAUCAUGGCUGACCAAUGAGAGCUGUUGGCCCGCUACAUGUGUCGGCCGCCUCAAGCGACUGACAGCUAAAUCCUCGUGCUCAAAAUGGUUCUUGCCGUAGGGCGGGUGUUCAUCCUCCUGUGAACACUUUUUUUCAUUCUUCUGCCAAACCUUGACACCAGACUGGCCCAUUAAUGCCGUUUGCAGACCGCACAGGGCGCCAGCCGGCCUCUUAUUCAAGCCUUUACCUAAUACAGAUAAGGCCAUGAAUCUGGGACAGUCAAUUUUUUUGGUGAGGCAAUGCCUGCAGCGUUCCCUCUGAUAUGUCGUCUACUAAGCUGCUGUUGUUCAUCACGACCAAUAACUUGUACUCUGACCAAACCGCAGGGCCUGCUGUCCAUUCUUCGGAGACUGAAGCAGUCUCCUGAACAGGAGGUGCGCUUACUGUUGUUAGGUCUGGACAACGCUGGAAAGACCACUCUGCUGAAACAGCUGGCAGCGGAAGAUAUCAGCCACAUCACCCCUACUCAAGGCUUCAAUAUAAAGAGCGUUCAGUCUGCCGGCUUCAAGUUGAAUGUUUGGGACAUAGGAGGUCAACGCAAGAUCCGCCCCUACUGGAGGAACUAUUUCGAGAACACAGAUGUGCUGAUCUACGUGAUUGACAGCUCAGACAAGAAAAGGUUUGAAGAGACAAGUCUGGAGCUGGCUGAGUUGCUGGAGGAGGAGAAGCUUGCUGCCGUGCCGCUGCUAAUCUUCGCUAACAAGCAGGACUUGAUGACGGCCAGCCCGGCCUCUGAGCUGGCAGAGAGUCUCAGUCUGCACACCAUCCGGGAUCGCAUGUGGCAGGUCCAGGCCUGCUCGGCAGUCACUGCUGAGGGAGUUCAGGAUGGCAUGACCUGGGUUUGCAGGAAUAUAACAUUUCGGAAGAAAUAAACGAGGAAGCAAAAGAAUUUGCAGUUGCACUUUACAAUUGACCCAUUCAGUGAUUUUUAUGUUAGGACAAGGAGCUUACAGAUUAUGUUAUUUAUUUUUUUUAAAUGACUAUCAUUUCUCCCACUUCAGGAAACAUUUAGUAGAACAAGUCAUUACAGUGAUUCCCCCUCCUUAUUUUAUUAACCUUGUCAAUGCAUACAUUGAAAUGUAAAUACUGUAUAAAGGAUAUUUAUUCAAA